AUGCUAAUUGAUGGUAGUUGCUUCUAUAAAUGCUAGUUGAUGCUAAUCGAUGGUAGUUGCUUCUAUAAAUGCUAGCUGAUGCUAAUCGAUGAUAGUUGCUUCUAUAAAUGCUAGCUGAUGCUAAGUGACAUUCAUCGAUGUUAGCAGCAUCUAUCAAUGCUAGCUGAUGCUAAAUGAUGCUAGUUGCUUGUAUAAAUGCUAGCUAAUGCUCAGGUGAUCGAUGCUAGCAUGUCCACUGAUGUAAACAAACGUCUGUGUUGUAUUUUGUAUUUCGCUACACACUUUCUCGGUAAACUUUUUUGAUGUGGGCGAGUUCCUCGUUGUUUCUGGAGCAGACAAUCUCGAUGAGAGUCUCCUCGUCGGUUCCCAGACCCUGCAUGAGAAGAAGGAGUCUCAGUGUUUGGUGUUUCUCCUUUUCUGUCUGAUGGUCCCACGGUCAGUAACGGCCAGGUCCACCUUCAUGGAGGCUUUGAGCUCGAAGGCGUCGUACUGGGUGGGGCUCUUCAUCAGGCCCAGCAUCAGUGCCUCCAAAGAUCCAGACAGCGCCCCCUUCAGGGCCACCACGAGGUCCUGCAAAUCACGAUGACAACGAUGAUGAUGUCACAUGUACGACGGCAGAACCACGCUGGAGACGUCUAGAACCUUCUUGGCGAGGCGCUCGUACUCAAAGGCGAUCUCUCGCCGCUGCUCAUACGUUCUCCUGGUCAGGAUGUCAACGAUGGUUUGCUCGUCCACUCCUGUGGACAAGAUGGCAUCGUCUUUGUGGACGCACCGACAGGGCAGCUAUUUCUGCAACAUUCCGGCACCUUCUCAUCCCACCUUUGACUCUGAGGGCCGCAUCCAAGCGUGCGGCAUCUUGGGCCGGGUCAAAGUCCCUGAGCGGAACCACGGUGGGAAAGGUGGGCUCAGCUUCCUGCAGAGACGCGGGAGAACGUUCCAGAAAGCACGUGACACGCUUGUGGGAACGCGGUCCUGCGUGACGUCGUCACUCACCCCGCCGUGCGCCAGCGUCAGCUGACCCAGAAACUCAGACACCAGCGCCAUGUGACCUGCGGGCGGGACGCGAUCACGUGACCGAUGGUGUAUCUGAUCAACACCUGCUAGCGUAGCUCUUCGUGUAGCAUAAUGUCCCACUCUCAAUGGCCCUGUGAUUGACAGGUCAUCUGGGAUAGGCUCCGCCCCAUCACCAGACAUUCCAGAAAAUGUCAUGCAAAGUAGUCUUCAGGUGGGUGUGUUUGCUUUAUGGAGCUGGACAUGCCAACGGUGGGUGUGGCAGCAGAUAAGACUCGCGGCCUUCACAAUAAAAGCACCGCCAUGAGACAGAUGAGCGGACCUUGGAGCCACCAUGAGACGGUCCUAGCAGGCUUUCAUCAAACGACAGAAAGACCGCUACAGUAUUGGCCCCGAUCUGGUAGCAUCUAGCUGUUAGCAUCUAGCUGUUAGCAUCUAGCUGUUAGCAUCACGCCUAGUUCUUAGCUUUCAGCGCUUAGCUCUUAGUGGCCAGCUCUUUGCAUCGCUCCGUUGUCAUUUAGCCGCCAUGUUGACUGGAAACACCAAGCUUCAGUUUGGCUUAGGCUCCGCCCCCUCAGCCGUUACAGAAAAGUUUCCCUCAAGUGAUGAUCAUGCUGAGAAGACGUGCUCUUACCUUCACGCACACAGGAACUUCAAGGAGAGCGAAGUUGUGUGUGUGUGCCCUUUAAAUACUAGCGCACGCACACACACACACACCCACACACACACACACACACACACACACACACACACCUAUGUGAGUCAGCCCCCAGUACUUUGACACCUGGACGCUUAUUGGCGACCCCCCCCCCUCCCGCUCCCCCCCCGAGUGUCACUUCAGGCAGCCAAUCAGCUGCUGAGCUGGCGCGGCGUUGCCAUGCCAACACAACCUUUGUUUUUCAGGCUCAUCAAAAUAGUUUUGCUGUAAUCUGGUGACCUUUGACCCGCAGCCUCUCCCGCUUCAGUCUGCGAUGUGCGGCUAAUUAUUAGCUCUGGGCUGGUCUCCACCCGGGGGGGCUGAUGACAUCAUCACCAUGUCACUUCCUGUUUCAGUUUGGUGGAUGCUCACCACCCUCCUGUAGCCGCUAAUCCCCUGCGAUCCAUAUCUAAGCCCUCUCAGGUCUACGUGCACUUCCAAAGUCCAGGAAGUCCUUCAGGGGUCAGCUAGACCUCCAAGGCCUCCAGCUAGACUUGGAAAGUCCAGGUCGUGUGGUAAGAUUCGAGCUCGGGACGCCUCCCAGGAGGAUGCUGGGUCAGGACCACUGAGCGACUCAGAGAGACCCUGCAGGACCAGGAAGAACCCUCCCAAAGACGGACAAAUGUUGACCUUUGUUUUCUCAGGAGAGGACGGUGAACGUCCAGGAAGUGGAGUCCUCGGGCAGCAGGGUGAUGUCAUGGAUCAAAGACAGCAUGGAGAAGGUCGUUCCUCAACCCGAAGCGCAUGCCGCUUCCAAGAUGGCCACCCUGGAACAGACGGAAGGCGCUCCUUCCGCUAAACGUAAAACUUAACUCCAUUUAACUCGAAGUGCUGUGUUACUAUAUUUAUCUUUUCUUGGGCCCGCCCCUUAGCCGAAGCACCGCCCACUGACGUCCAACAGUAAGUUUUCAAUGACGUCUCACAUCAUAGCAUCAACGCAAAAUAAAUUCACGUAACGACGUCAUAUGACAGGACCUCCCCGCAAGAGACAGAGACGCCGCCAAAGAUGAUGGGAUGGAUUGUGGGCGGCCUGGGUCGCAUGUUGCCACAGCCGCCACUCAAGCAGGACGCAGAUGGCGGCGGCCAUCACAGGGGAAGCCCAGCAGAACCCCUUAAAUAAAAGGAGAAGGCGGCCCAGGACAGGGACUGGCGUGACAACAACAUCUUAACUUAACCAGAAAUAAACCAUUCAGGAGAAGAGCGAGCUGGUAUUACUGGACCUGGAAGAGCAGGCGGAGAAGGAAACCGACAUGGAGAACCAGAAGUCCUUGGACGUGAAAGAGGUCGGAGAUGAGCAUUUGAUUCCGUUGAUGGAGGAGAUCAAGAAGGAAGCAGGCCAGGUGAUCCUGGCGCACAUGGAGGGAAGACUGCAGCAGCAGCGUCUGGAAGCGGCUCGUAUGGCGGAGGAGAUGGCGAGGAGGGCGGCACGGGAGGCGGUCCGACAGCUGGAGGUGGAGCACUCGGCCAAGAUUGUCAUCGAGUCGCUGCCGGAGUCCAUUGAGCAACUUCCAAACAUCCUGGAGGAGGAAAAUGAGGAUGAGCCAGAGCUCCACAGGUGGCCUGAAGGUGGCGCUCUCAGCUCAGUCCAGCCCCAGGAAGCCACUUUGGCGACUGACGGGAAAGAGGGCGGUGUCCACAGAGGAGCGCACACGUCGUCCAAUCAGGUCCCAACUGGAGUAGACGUUGCAAAUGAAGCAGUUCUGCUCCUGCAAGUUGGAAAAUGUUUAACGCUUCCCGAGAUCAUCACGCCGCCCAGCGAUGCCCCCCCACCGAAGCACAGAGAGACUCUUGGCGGCUCAGAGGACGAGGACGAGCGGGGGAAGGGCGGACUCAAGUCCUGGUCCAGUCAAGGCGACCUGCUGACGGCCGAUGCGCGUCCGCCCUCAGCAGCCAGCGUCGGCAGCGUGGUGGUCCAGGACCGCCUGAGUGAGCUGGUGCGGCUCUUCAAAGGUCGCACGGAACGGCAAAAAGACCGCCUGGUUGACCCGGAUGAGUCGGAGCAGGAAAGCCCCACAGCCUCUCCUAGUAAAGCUCCUCCUCCUCCUCCUCCACCUCCUCCACCGCCUCCACCUGCAGAGGACAAGAUGGCUUCCCUUGCCACAGGCACAGAGGAAGAAGAUGCGGGGUUCCAGUUUGAACUUCUAGGAUAUCCUGUCAAAAUUCCCAAACUUCCCCCUGUGCCAAAGUGGCUUCAAGGCAUGGCGGCGUUCCGCUUCCCUUCGAGCAUCGACCCUUUCACCGAUCUGAUCUACGUGGUGUGGCUGUUCUUCGUGGUGGCGGCGUGGAACUGGAACGUGUGGUUAAUCCCAGUCCGCUGGGCCUUUCCCUACCAGAGCGCAGAGAACAUCCACCUAUGGCUUCUGGCGGACUACAUCUGCGACCUCAUCUACGUCACGGACAUCCUGGUCUUCCAGCCCCGCCUACAGUUUGUCCGCGGGGGUGACAUCGUGUGCGACAAAAAAGCCAUGAGAGAAAACUACAUGACCACGGAGCGCUUUAAGAUGGAUGUCAUCAGUCUGUUUCCCAUGGAGGUCUUCUACUACUUCACGGGGGUCAACUCUCUGCUCAGAUUCCCUCGUCUGCUCAAGUACCAGGUGUUCUUCGAAUUCAACGACAGAAUGGAGGCGGUGAUGAAGAAGGCGUACAUCUACAGGGUGAUCCGGACCUCCACCUACCUGCUGUACUCGCUGCACAUCAACGCGUGUCUCUUCUACUGGGGGUCCGACUACGAAGGCCUGGGCUCCACCAAGUGGGUCUAUGACGGGAAAGGGAACGCGUACAUCCGCUGUUACUACUUCGCCGUCAAGACCUUAAUCACCAUCGGAGGCCUGCCGGACCCGACCACCGUCUUCGAGAUCUGCUUCCAGCUCAUCAACUACUUUGUUGGCGUCUUCGCUUUUUCCAUCAUGAUCGGACAAAUGAGGGACGUGGUCGGAGCUGCCACGGCCGGGGAGAACUACUACCGAGCCUGCAUGGACAGCACCAUCAAGUACAUGAACUCCUACAACAUCCCCCAGGAGGUCCAGAACCGCAUCAAGACCUGGUACGACUACACCUGGCAGAGCCAAGGAAUGCUGGACGAGCAGGAGCUGCUGGUGCAGCUUCCCGCCAAAAUGAGACUGGACAUCGCUGUGGAUGUCAAUUACGCAAUCGUCAGCAAGGUGGCGCUGUUCCAGGGUUGUGACCGUCAGAUGGUGUUUGACAUGCUGACACGACUGAAGUCGGUGGUCUACCUACCAGGAGACUUCGUGUGCAAGAAGGGGGAGAUCGGCAGGGAGAUGUACAUCAUCAAACAGGGGGAGGUCCAAGUGGUGGGUGGUCCAGACCUUCAGACGGUUUUUGUGACCAUCAGAGCUGGAUCUGUCUUUGGAGAGAUCAGUUUGUUGGCAGGGGGCGGAGGAAACAGACGCACUGCCAACGUGAAGGCGCACGGAUUCGCCAACCUAUUCAUUCUGGAUAAAAAGGACCUCGCUGAGAUCCUGGUCCACUAUCCAGAAUCCCAGAAACUUCUUCGCAGGAAGGCCAAGACCAUGCUGACCAAGGACAAGAAGCCUGAUGAAAAGGAACAAGGCAAAGAUGAGGCCGAGGUCAUCCCGGCCCGACCCGACACGCCCAAAAUGUUCAAGGCGGCGUUGAAGGUGACGCAGCAGGCGGGAAUGGAGGGAACCUUCGCCAAGCUGAAGAAGAGCUACAAGGAUUCUGAUGGCGAGGGUCCGCCUGCAUCCUCGCCAAUGCAUCAGCACCUGGCGGAGACCGCUGACACCUCGCUGGUCAUUACAAUGACAUCACAAAGGGAAGGGGAGGAGCUUCUCUCAGUGGAGGGUCAGGAAGUGGAUGGGGAGAAGACGGUGGAGGAGGGCGGAGUGCACAGGAAGUAAAAGCCUUCCCAGAAUUCCUUUCAAAUUCCUCCAGACAAGAUCAGUGGCUGUGACCACAUAAUUACUCUUAAAGGGAAAAAAACGUUUGUUCAACUUUAAAGUUGCUAAAAGCUACAAAAUGGACGUGUGGCUCACGUUCACGUUUCAUUACCCAGCUUUGAUACCAGGAUCAUUCAUCCUCGGAGAAGCGGAGAGGCUCGGCUUCAGAGGUUAAACAUACCUUAGCCACACUGCCAGUUAUGCUAGCAGAAUGCUAAUAAACAUUAGCUAUUUCAGUAUGUGCUGAUAAAGAUACAAUGUUAGCCAAGUUAGAAAAAGGCUCAAGAAAUGUAAGAUAGUACAAAAGAAACUGACAAAUUGGAUUGGCACGUUAGCAGUGAAUGCUAAUGCUUUUCCAAGACAUUGAAACAUGCUUGACCAGGGAUGAAUAAAACUAACAUUUUGGUAGUCUUGUUGGUUAACAAUGACCCCCCCCCCCCCCCCCCCCCAUUAAACGUAUCUUCCUUCAGAAA